UGGUCUGAGGGAGUCCAGACCUGCUGCUGGAUCACAUCAGACUGGAGCUCAGACAUGGCAAGCUGCUCAGGAUGUGGACCGGGAUACCGCAGCCCGUUGGACGCCAUGAAGGGUCCUCGGGAGGAGAUCAUCUACCUGCCCUGCAUCUACCGCAACACCGGCAUCCUGAAACCUGACUACCUGGCCACUGUGGACGUGGACCCCAAAUCCCCCACCUACUGCCAGGUGAUCCACCGGCUGCCAAUGCCGAACCUUCGUGAUGAGCUGCAUCACUCCGGCUGGAACGCCUGCAGCAGCUGCUUUGACGACGCCUCCAAGAAGAGAAACUUCCUGAUCCUGCCGUCACUCAUCUCGUCCCGAAUUUACGUGGUUGACGUGGGGACGAAUCCCAGAGCGCCCAAAAUCCACAAGAUGGUGGAGCCCAUCGAGCUGUAUUGGAAGUGCAGCCUGGCGAACCCUCACACCAGCCACUGCCUGGGCAGCGGUCAGAUUAUGAUCAGCUGCAUGGGAGACCCGUCCGGUAACGGCAAAGGUGGUUUUGUUCUUCUGGAUGGUGAGACGUUCGAGGUGAUCGGUAACUGGGAGCACCAAGGCGAGGCGGCGCCGUUCGGCUACGACUUUUGGUACCAGCCUCGGCACAAUGUGAUGAUCAGCACCGAGUGGGGAGCGCCCAAAGCUCUGGUUAACGGUUUUAAUCCAGCUCAUGUCCAAGAAGGGCUCUAUGGCAGCGCCCUGAAUAUCUGGGACUGGACCACCCACAAGAAGCUGCAGAGGCUUGAUCUAGGAGAAGAGGGCGCCAUUCCCCUGGAGGUCCGGUUCCUCCAUGAGCCGAGUGCCGCUGAGGGCUACGUGGGCUGUGCUCUGAAUUCAACCGUCUUCAGAUUCUAUAAAACGGCCGAGGGGGACUGGGCCGCAGAGAAGGUCAUCAGCAUUCCUAGUAAGAAGGUGGAGGGAUGGAUGUUGCCCGAGAUGCCAGGUCUCAUCACAGACAUCCUGAUCUCACUGGAUGACCGUUAUCUCUACUUCAGUAACUGGCUGCAUGGUGACAUCAGACAAUAUGACAUCACAGACCGCAGAAACCCACGGCUCGUCGGCCAGGUGUUCUUGGGAGGAAGUAUUGUCAGGGACGGACCUGUCAGAGUCCUGGAGGACCCAGAGAACCAGCAGCAGCCCCGCCCCUGCGUCAUAAAGGGGAAGCGUAUCACCGGAAGUCCUCAGAUGCUGCAGCUCAGUCUGGACGGGCGGCGCCUCUACGUGACCACGUCUCUGUACAGCGGCUGGGACAAACAGUUUUACCCCGACAUGAUCAGGGAGGGAUCAGUGAUGAUGCAGAUCGAUGUGGACACUGUGGACGGCGGUCUGACCCUGAAUGAGGACUUCCUGGUGGAUUUUGGUAAAGAGCCCGACGGUCCGGUUCUGGCCCACGAGCUGCGGUACCCCGGGGGAGACUGCACCUCCGACAUCUGGCUGUGAAGCCGUGAUCAUCCUGAGCCUCAGAGAGUCCAAACACAUUUGAGAUCAGCUCAGGCAGGAGUCUGAUUUCCAUGUAGCUUCACCGUCACGCAUUAGAAUAACUUUGUUGUCCAUCACAUCAGCCGCAGGAAAAAAACCAUAAAAAGUGCAGCAGAGAUCAGCACACACAUAAAGAUAAUCAAUAACAGAAUCAGUGAUAAUCUGUGUUUCUGUACCAGAAUCCACGAGGAGGAAUUGACCGUCAGCAGAUGUGUCCAUGUUUUGUUCAUUAUUCCAAAGCUUCCUCACUGAGUCUCCAUCCAGCCUCUCAGAACAGCUGAAGAACAGGUUAAAGGGCCAUUACGCUUUAUUCCACACUGCCAUGUAUGUUUCGGGUCAACUUUGAACUUCCAAAUUCAGGUGAAGCGCCACCCUCAGGUCCUGCCUGCAGGUACAGCGCUCUGCUCACGCUGUUGCAAGCCAGCAGGAUUGAAAAUGCAGAAUGCUCCUUUAAAUCGUUCCGGCUCAGGGGAACUCCCGGAGUUUUCACAGACUUCAUCUUCACAACAUCCACUUUUCCCCGCUCGCUUCUAUUCCUAUUCCUAGAGCCUUCAGUUUUCAGGCCCCUCUUCUGUGGAACCAGCUUCCAGUUUGGAUUCAGGAGACAGACACUAUCUCUACUUUUAAGAUUAGGCUUCAAACUUUCCUUUUUGUUAAAGCAUAUAGUUAGGGCUGGACCAGGUGACCCUGAAUCCUCCCUUAGUUAUGCUGCAAUAGACGUAGGCUGCCGGGGAUUCCCAUGAUGCAUCGAGUUUUUCCUUUCCAGUCACCUUCUCACUCACUAUGUGUUAAUAGACCUCUCUGCAUCGAAUCAUAUCUGUUAUUAACCUCUGUCUAUCUUCCACAGCAUGUCUUUAUCCUGUUUUCCUUCUUUCACCCCAACCAAUCACAGCAGUUGGCCCCGCCCCUCCCUGAGCCUGGUUCUGCCGGAGGUUUCUUCCUGUUAAAAGGGAGUUUUUCCUUCCCACUGUCGCCAAAGUGCUUGCUCAUAGGGGGUCAUAUGAUAUGAUUGUUGGGUUUUUCUCUGUAUUUAAUAUUGUGCUAUCUACUGUACAAUAUAAAGCGCCUUGAGGUGACCUUUGUUGUGAUUUGGCGCUAUAUAAAUAAAAUUGAAUUGAAUUACAUCAUGAAUCAGAUCAGUGAUUCAAUCAAUUGAUCGAUCAGACAGGAAGCAGAACCGCGAGUCUGUGUCAGUCGAGGUAUGCACACAAACACCAGCAGUGGGGCAGGGAUAGCUCUGAGGUACCCCUGAGCAAGGUACCGUCCCUACACACUGCUCCCCGGGCGCCCAGUGGCUGCCCACUGCUUCACAGUGUGAAUGGGUUAAAUGCAGAGAGGAAUUUCCCCAUGGGGAUCAAUAAAGUACACAUUAUUAUUAUUAUUAUUAUUAUUAUUAUCGCGUGUUAAAGAGGAGCCGGAUCACAGCAGCUUGUUUUUGUAAUGCUCCUUUCAGCCACUAGAGGCUCCACUACCAGGUUAAACUCACCUGUUCUCCUGUCUGAGAGAAAAUUCAACUCACUAAACAAAAAUCAGAUCAAAGGCUUUUCUUGUUGAAACAAUGAAGUUUGUAAAAUGUUCUUUAAUGUACACACGACGGCUCAAAUUAAAACUUUAUCACAAA